AUGGGGGACGAGCAUGAUAAAUUGCUCCCCGUUGCGAAUGUGGGUCGGAUCAUGAAACGGGUCCUACCACCCACAGCAAAAAUCUCAAAAGAAGCCAAAGAAACCAUACAAGAGUGUGCGUCAGAGUUCAUUAGUUUUGUGACCGGUGAGGCAUCUGACAAGUGUCAAAAGGAGAACCGCAAGACCGUGAAUGGAGAUGACAUCUGUUGGGCUCUCGGGUCGCUAGGGUUUGAUGACUACUCCCAGGCCAUUGUUCGCUACUUGCAUAAGCAUAGAGAAUUUGAGAGAGACCGAGCAUCGGCAGCUGCCCACUUCAAACACUCACCAAAAUAA